GCACCCAACCAGAACCUGGGGUGAUGCCGGGCCUUCCCCGCUGCGCGGAGGCGACCGCUCAACCCUUCUGCCCGGCGAUUGGUGGGCUGGCGGCUAAGGGGCGGAGAUAGGAGGGGCCGCUGCCAUCUUCUCCAAUGGAACGGAGACAGGGGCGGGCUUAUUGACGGAAGGAGCAUGGCGUGGAGACACCUGAAAAAGCGGGCCCGGGAUGCUGUGGUCAUCCUGGGGGGUGGAGGACUUCUCUUCGCCUCCUACCUGAUGGCCACGGGAGAUGAGCGUUUCUAUGCUGAACACCUGAUGCCAGCUCUGCAGGGGCUGCUGGAUCCGGAGUCAGCCCACAGACUGGCCGUUCGCUUCACCUCCCUGGGGCUCCUUCCACGGGCCAGAUUUCAAGACUCUGACAUGCUGGAAGUGAGAGUUCUGGGCCAUAAAUUCCGAAAUCCAGUAGGAAUUGCUGCAGGAUUUGACAAGCAUGGGGAAGCCGUGGACGGACUUUAUAAGAUGGGCUUUGGUUUUGUUGAGAUAGGAAGUGUGACUCCAAAACCUCAGGAAGGAAACCCCAGACCCAGAGUCUUCCGUCUCCCAGAGGACCAAGCUGUCAUUAACAGGUAUGGGUUUAACAGUCACGGGCUUUCGGUGGUGGAACACAGGUUACGCGCCAGACAGCAGAAGCAGGCCAAGCUCACAGAAGAUGGACUGCCGCUGGGGGUCAACUUGGGGAAGAACAAGACCUCAGUGGACGCCGCGGAGGACUACGCAGAAGGGGUGCGCGUGCUGGGCCCGCUGGCCGACUACCUGGUGGUCAAUGUGUCCAGCCCCAACACGGCCGGGCUGCGGAGCCUUCAAGGAAAGGCUGAGCUGCGCCGCCUGCUGACCAAGGUGCUGCAGGAGAGGGACGGCUUACAGGGAGCGCACAGGCCGGCAGUGCUGGUGAAGAUCGCUCCUGACCUCACCGCCCAGGACAAGGAGGACAUUGCCAGUGUGGUCAAAGAGUUGGGCAUUGAUGGGCUGAUUGUUACGAACACCACCGUGAGUCGCCCUGCUGGCCUCCAGGGUGCCCUGCGCUCUGAAACAGGAGGGCUGAGUGGGAAGCCCCUCCGGGAUUUAUCAACUCAAACCAUUCGGGAGAUGUAUGCACUCACCCAAGGCCGAGUUCCCAUAAUUGGGGUUGGUGGCGUGAGCAGCGGGCAGGACGCGCUGGAGAAGAUCCGGGCAGGGGCCUCCCUGGUGCAGCUGUACACAGCCCUCACCUUCUGGGGACCACCCGUUGUGGGCAGAGUUAAGCGGGAGCUGGAGGCCCUUCUGAAAGAACAGGGCUUUGGCAGAGUCACAGAUGCCAUUGGAGCAGAUCAUCGGAGGUGAGGACAGCGUCUGUUGGGAAGCCUGAUCUGGAACCUUCCCAAGGACUCAGGCAAGCCUUUAUGGCUGGAUUGUGAGAGGAGGGACUCUGUCUUGAGCCAUGUCCCUCAGCCGUGGCAUAGCUGCACCAUAAACGCCAGUCAGGGGUCACCAGGAUCAACCGCAGGCUUUCUUCAGUCCCUUGGUCAGACUAUAAACUGUGUUUGUGAUUCUUUGUGGAUUCAAACCCUAGGAUCCGUCAGUCUUGCAAGGACAUUGAAUAUUAGGGGGAAAAAGUUAUGGAAAAAAUAAAGCCAUUUAGAACCUGGGUUUCAA